ACAUAUUACAAGGGGCUGAUAUUUAUGCAUUGUUUAUUUAGCAUAAUUUUAACUAAUCUUGGACAUCAUGGACAUUUGAAAAUCCAAUAAUAAAAUAUUGCAAAUACUUUCUCUUCUACAACCAUAUUUUGUGACAAGCCAAUAACCUUUAGAAAACACCUUUUUUUUUUAACAGCACUGAAGCACUUACAGUCUUAAUUUCUUUGCACAACAUGUCCUACAUUUCUUCCUAUUGUUUGUCUCAAAAUCAUCUGAAACUAGUGCAUGAGUAAUGUGCACGCUUACAUUUCACAAUACAAUAUUCCCCUAAUAUUAUUACAAUAAAGAAAUAACUUGCACGUACGUCAUUGUCAUCAAUCUAAAUGACGUGUGUGUGUGAAGGAGGGAGGGAGAGGGGUUGGUGUUGAACCAGUGACUAGGUUUACAGAGGGAACAAAAAGGAAACCAAAGCCUGUUCUGCAACACAAGACUGACACACAGCAUCUUUUACAACGUCAGCAUUUGGCUGCAACAUAACUCCUAACGGGAAGAAAAGAACCAGGACACCAACAGGAUUUAAAACCCUGUUACAUCUGAGGUGGAGCGCAGCUUGACCCUCCUGUGCAGCGCAAACCAGAACAACUUGUUCCAUUAGUUUCAAGUAAAAAUGCUCUGUAGAUUGACUCUCGCCCUGGCUGUGGUGUGUGUCGGUGGCGUAUGCAACUGUAUGAAGGCGGACCUGAUGGGCAGGUUGAUCUUACCGAGGGACUACGGGGUGAAACUGUGCGGCAGAGAGUUCAUCAGAGCCGUCAUUUUCACCUGCGGCGGCUCCCGGUGGAAGCGAUCCACAGGGGAUAUAGAUCCCUUCCAGUGGAGUUCCCUCAGUGACGUCACAGUGGAGGACAACCAGCACACCUGGCAAACUGGCCCAGAGCUCACAGAAGAUAACCGUUCUCUCAAAACUGGGCUGGGUUCCUCCCUGGCAGACCUCCUGGCUCUUUACGGGGUCAGAGGAGACAGGAAGCAGACCCACUCGGCCCUUCAGCCGUCCACAGUGUUAGGCGAGCAAGACGGGAACAGAGUAGCAGCUGACAGGCGCACACACAGCAAGCAGAAGAGGAACUUUUCUCUGGGUGUGGCAGGAAAGUGCUGUAACCAAGGCUGCACCAAGAAUGACAUCGGACGCUUGUGCUGAGGAGGGGAGAGGGGGGGAGAGAGGGGGGUUGUGACGGCGUAAUAAUGGACAGUUGUGGAGAGACAUAGGAGGGUUCACAUCUGCUCUUUACGAGGCUAUAGUUUGCCUAGAAUUUUAAGAUGACACUUUUUCUUUAUUCUCCUCACUUGAUUUUAUUUAUUUUUUUAAACAUGUCAUAUUCUGUAUGUACGGUAUAUCACUCCUUCAGCAUCAUUGAAAAUAAAUGUUAAAUAUUGUGUUAAUAUGAAAUGUUGAGCCGUAUCAUAUGUGGUCUUCCACACUUGUUUAUAGGCUGCAAUAGAAGUAAAAAUCAGCAUCCAUAUUUGAUAUUGGACUAUUCAGCUAAACUAUGGUUAUACCAGCAAAGGCCAAUAUCGCACAUUAAUGUCAUUUAAGCUGCUGUGAACUUAUUGCUGGCCUCUGUUCACGACAUUACGUCUGCCUGAUCAUGUUCUGUUCACACCCCAAGGACAUUACUGCAAAAGAGCAUGUUUCUUUAACCCUUAACACGGAUACAACAAAUGAAUACAUUUAACCCCUUGAAUAAAACCCACACUCCUUUUGACUAGAUCUAGAAAUCAUGCACAACACUUUGGAAAUGCAUAUUAGCUGUUUGACUGAUUGUACAUCAUAAUACAUCUUGAUGUGAAAAACAAGCCACAUUUAGAUUUAAAUAUCAUGUCCAUAGUACUACAAUAUGUUUGGUUUAAUAAAUGGAUUUUAAACACCUUGA